UGGUACUUCGGCUGCUCCGGCGAGCUGUUUGAGUCUUUUGAGUUGUGUUGCAGGGCGGUGCUGUAUAUGCUAUCCUGUCCUUUCUAGCGUGCAAACGUAAUUAUGAAAGCGUGUGCCCCUGCUUACUGUAUCGGUGCAGUUGCUUACGCUUAGGUUGCUCACGUAGUCGAUGCGAUGGAGGUGUAUAUCUGGAAAGGUGACUGGGGGCUGCCCAGCAUCGACACUGCGUGCCUGGAAGUCAUGGCGUACGCAAAGUUUUCCGGGGCGCCACUGAAAACUAGAGAAGUCCGUCGACCGUGGUUCGGAUCGUUGCCCGUGAUGCGGCAUGGACCUGAGACGAAGCUCACCAAGUUUCAAGAUGUCGUGGCCUACCUCCGAAAACAGAAUUAUAGCGCGGAUGUGCAGAUGACGCCACAACAAGCCUCAGAUGCAAAGGCUUACAUUGCCAUGCUAAGACAAAAACUCAAGCCCGCUUUGCUUUACCAGUGGUGGGUCGAUGCCCAGAACUUUGUGGAGCUGACAAGGCCCUGGUACGCUAAGGCGCUGGGCUUUCCCUUUAACUACAUAAUCCCUGGACAAAUGCAGCGUGCUGCCACUACUGUCCUCAACUCAAAGCUGCAGGGCUUUGACCUUGAAGGCGACCAGGCACAAAUUGCGCUUUUCAAGGAAGCACAAGAGUGCAUGACCACACUAUCUCAGCGGCUUGGAAAAGAACCGUUUUUCUUUGGCCAGAGCCCCACUUCCUUGGAUGCCAUCGUGUUUGCCCACCUGGCGCCUUUGCUGCGUGCACCAUUUCCAAGCUGCGCCUUGCAGAACCACCUCAAGGCAUGUGACAACCUGGCAGCAUUUGUUACCAGAAUCAUGCAGCGGUACUUCUCUGUCAAGGAUACCGGUAGCGGAGACUCUGGAGCCUCAAAGGUGUCAACAGAGGAGUUUUCCUUCUCGUGGCUCAACUCACUGAUAUCAGUCGGUGUGGCCACAGUUGCCAUGCUUUCGUAUGCUCUGCUGUCAGGGCUUGUACAAGUUGAGUAUACGGAAGAAGAACCACCGCCCAUGGACAGUAAAGACAAGGCAACGAAACGUGCAUCAGAUUGACAGUACUCUCAAAAAGUGCAUCACAUAGUGCAGUGGUGUUCAGCACUGUGCAGGAUCCUGGUGCAGGUUUGCAUUGCAGAUGACUUGUCAAGCAUCAGUUCACCAUACUGCAACCUGACAGCAAUGACCUGCAAUGCUUUCGAAGAGACACUGCAGCAUGCAAGAGGCACAGAUAAUUUGUGUGUGGGAGUAGUUUGCCUUGGAACGAUGCCUAAGUGUAUGUGGCUUCAUUUGAUCCACAGAAGCACACCAGCGAGAGGUAUUUGCUAAUGCCAACUACAAACAGUGCAAGAAACUUGUUUUUGUACAAAGAGUGCAGAUGCGUAGGCAACAAGGAGCAAGAACUUUCUAAUUAAAGCACACAGAUAAAAUUGUUCAUAAUACUACAAGCAUCGACUAGCAAUGUAAACUACGGAGGAGGCUAACUGGAAUUGGUACGAGACCAUUUUGAAAAAACUUGGUGUCUCUUGAACACAACAUGAAAAACUAGAUGCUGUACAUAAUGUUGUCUGUUUCAUGUUCAAAAAGCAAAAAUACUUUUUUGCUGUUACGGCAGAAAAUUUUGUUGCUGCAGCAUAAAUAUAUAUGCCGUCUCUCCAUGCACAAGCAGCUAGCUAUAUCCACUGCAAUGAAGUUCUUUUGAGAGCAUUGCUAAAUUGCCCCUUGAUGGGCAUUGCAAGUCAGUUUAUUUGAGUAAAAGCAUCAAUUUACCUGAAGCUUUAGCAGUUUGACUCACACUUAUAGUGUCCUCCACCCAUCGUUUUGGAACAGCUACCUGAACCUUGACCACGUGCUCAGAUUUUGUAAGUUUAUAUCUGCUAGAGAACAUACCAAGCUCCAGAACCUAAACCCGUUUCUCAACAGCAAAGCAAAAAUAUAGCAAUGUGCUAUGGAGGGUUGUUUGCGGAGGAAAACGUCAACCUGCUGUGAGUCAACUUGGUAGAAAACAAUAUCUUCAACAUGGAGCAAGAAAAGUAUCUUAAAAUAGACCGGUGAUAUUUACUUCUAGCCUUUGCACUGCAGAGAAGAAACGGCCAAAUAGAUGUGCUGCACAACAAUCCCGCUGCUCUACUUUGCCGCUGACUAGAAGCAAAAAGAUGUCUUUGAGACACGAAACUUUGUACUGUACAUGCAGUGGCUAUAUCACUAGAUGAAGUACUGUUGUACUCACUAUAUUUACAUGUUACAGUGGAAGCUACCUCAUUCAUGAUGGACCUCAAUAUUUGGGUGCCACUUCAUACUUGCUGACGAUGCAUCCAGCACUGUAGUCAAGCUGUAGUCGGCUCAAAACUACAUAGUUUUUCUCUCUUUAGUGUCCUUUGUUGGUGCCAGGGACUAGUGCUUAGCAUUUUAACCAAGCUUUGCAAGCAACUGGAAACACUGCGCAGUUGGACAAAUUUUAGAAUUUGCUAGCAGAGAAGCAGUGGUGACUUGGAGGGUUACGAGAUUAACAUUUCUUUUUGAUCAUGGAUAGGGUAGGUUUAAAGGAAAGGUCACAUAGCAGUGACGUACUCAGCAAACAUUCAUUUAUACUGAAUUCAUUGAAAUAGCAAUAUUUUGUUCUAUGCAGUAUUCUGUUAAACCCAAGGAGGCACUAAGGCAGCUGUAGUGAGGUGAAAAAUUCAUCCUAAUGCAGCACAAGUUAACAGAACACACACGUGAGCAUAGAAAAAAAAAACACUUUUUACUUGCCAUGCGGCAUUUUUAUUGGCAUUUUAUUGGAAUUCUUUAAUUAUUGUAUUCUUUUAAAAAGUGGAUGCAAAUAGUGCUGUUAAUUUUUUAUUUUUUUGUCUAACAUAGCUUGUUAUGUUGCAUCCACUACAACUACACUUCACUGUGUUAUUAGGUAAAUGGAUUAUUGGCAUUUCUGGCCAGGUUCAAGCAUACAAAUUUACAUAGCCACACAAGUGCAAACGCUUACCCCCACAUUUUUAUUGUAAACUGCCAUGACACGCCUUCCCGUCUUAUUUCCUCCGAUCUAUAUCCUUUCUUAUUUUUCCACUAGACCCACUUUGUAGUUUGGGUCUGAACCGCCGUGGUGGCUUAGCAGCUGCAGUGUUGUACUGCUAAGUAUGAGGUCACAGCAUGAAAUCCCGGCAGCCAUGGCCACAUGUUGAUGGGGGCAAAAUGCAAAAACGCCCAUGUCCCAUGCAUUGGGGACACGUUAAAGAUCCCCUCAUGGUCAAAAUUAAUCUGUAGUCCCCUGCUACGGCAUGCCUCAUAAUCAAAUGGUGGUUUGGGCAUGUAAAACCCUGGAAUGCAAUUCAACGGUUUGGGUCUGAUGCAGCAUAAGUUGGUAACAGGCAGUCACCUAUUGCAGAUGAAUGUUUGGAAUUUGCCUGUUUUCUCACGUCUUCUGAAACAGCUAUCAGCAUGGGAUAUAGUGAGGCCAGACACAUUAUAGUACGGCAGUGACUUUUUUUUUGGCUUUCUUGCAGUGGCCCAAGUAGAGCAUUUGAAAGCAGAGGACUGUUGGCACUUCUUCAGGCAGUUCUGUGACUUUUUUCAUUAGCUUACAGUUCUGGCUCCAUUGAUGCGGAGAUGACGAAGUAAACUCUCAUGUUGGUACAAAAGAUGCACCGGCUAUAAAGGCACUCUUUGAGAUAAGCCCACUGUGGUGGCAUAGUGGGUAUGGCAUUGCUAAACUCAAGAGCACAAGAUGUUGGCAGAAACGGCCACAUUUCGCUGGGAGUGAAAUUAUGAAACGCCUGUGCACUGUGCAUUAAGCACACAUUAUAGAACCUUAGGUGGUUGAAAUUCAUACUGCCUCAUAAUCAUAUAGCAAUCUUGACACAUAAUAUUCCAGAAUUUUUAUUCUUCAAGAUGAAAAAGGGACCUUGGUAAUCUGCCCACCUUACUUGACAUUCAAGUGAACGCAAGCACGCUGAGUUCAUAGAUGGUAAAUUAAUGUUCUCAUACUGUUGGCUAGUCAUAGAAUUGAGCUUAUAGGUCUACUGUAGUUCAUUUUAAGACUGGGAAUUAGGACCGCAUCAUUGCAAUUCAGAUAAAGCAAUUCUGGUGUCGGAAGAAUUUAGUGUACUUGAUGAUUGUAGUGCUUUUCAGUGUUGGCAGUCACACAACCAAUCUCAUGUGCCUUUCAUAUGUCAGUGAGCUUUUGACCAUUUGUUAGGCUUCAGUUCGUAUGCAGUACUGCAAUUAGUCAUUUUCAAAUGGUACAGGAUUGAGCCAAUACGGUUGUAAAUGUGGCAAGUGCAGCUGACUAGAAAACAUCGUUCUGUUUAGACUUGCCACCCAUUUCGACCAUUUUACUGCAAAUAGCAGUUAUGAGCUGGGGAAUAGGCUGAAUGUGUCCAUCCAUUCGCAAGAAUUUUGAGUUUUUCUCAUACAAUGUAAGAAAGAAAACUCAGGUCCAAUUCACAUCUUGGAAGCUUUUAUAAAGAAGUGAAUCAAUGGUUAUAAAUUUGUCAAUUUCAUUCCUGCGUCUUUGGCAUAAAGAAAACUGCCAUUGUUGGCGUUGGCACAGUAGAAGUAUGUAUGUCAUUGUGGCCUACAAUAAAGAGAAAAAAAAAGUGAUUGUGGCCUAGUGGUUAGAGCAUCAGGCUGCUGUGCUGGAAGACCAAGGUUCGAUCCCUCCAUCAGGCACGUAAUUCUUUUUUUUUUUUAUGUAUGAGUCAUUUGGCAAGACAGCAGCAGCACCCACAAUGAUAAAAUUCAGGGGAGGUUCGCAAAAGAAGCUUCUCUUUAAAUAUUGUUCGCUGGUGUGGGGAAUCAAACCAUGCACUUAUGCGUAUUCAAGCCAAGUAUCUUGCCCACUACUCCACACCUACUUUCUGAUGCAGUAAACCCCUGGUUGAGCAAAUUCUCUGGCCUGUGCAGACUGAUGUGCAGUAGGGUAAAAAAAGGCUUCAGCACAGUGGCUGCGAGGCCAGAUAUAGCUAGCUUCAUGCUAGUUCGGUGCAGUAUGGAAAAAUAAGAUGCUCACCAUCAGAGUUGAGAAUGGAUAGUUGCAGCUGGAGUUUGUUACUUGGCUGAUCGAGGCUAAAGAUGUAAAAGCUUGAGAAACGGCAGCCAGGUUGCGGAUGUGUGCUCUUCAAAAGUGCCAGGCACAAGAUUGUGCAGCAGCCUGAAAGAAGUGAACUGCCAAAGGAAAAAAGCUGCAAGAGAACUCACAACUGCUGUUUGCAGUAAUUGAGUCUUUCACAUGGGGCAGCUCAGUGGCGUAUAUCCCUGGGGAUUGAGAUAUUAGUUUUGCGAUGUUUCGACAUAGCGAGCUGAUAUUGCUGUACUGUUGGCACACUACUGCCAGCUGCAAUAUGUAAAUGUGAUUGCAAAAUAUAAGAAAAUGUUUUUCAUUCCGCUAUUGUUUAUGCCGCAGGUAGAAUAUACAAAAUGUCAAUCUUCAGGUGCCUAGACUUUAUUAGGUCACUUGCAGUGAAGCAGUGUGUUAUGUUGAAAGGCAUGUAGAAAUAAAGGAAAUGUUUAAUUGAA